CAGUGAUUGUGCAUCUUAUUCAUUCACAAGAUGUGGAUGCCACUCGUAACACCAUCAUCAUUGUCCAUCCCUCGUUGCCCUUGAGAAAGUGAUGGUGACUGGAAUCAGAAUUCCUCUUGAUCUGACUCCUCCUAGGAAGCUAUACUCAACUGGGAAGCUCAUAACCACCAACCCUACCAUCUAUCAACGACUCCUGUAUUUUCAAACCAUGAUUCAAUUGCUACUGACUAACUGUAACAAUUAGAGCAUUCUGUGACAUGGAGCACGAACAUAUAGCUUGCAAUACAGUGCAAUAUCUUGAAGGCUGGAUUGAUGUGCUUGGGAAUGGCCUGCUGAAGAAAACAACUCUCAAAUCCAGCAGUAAUCAACCUGACAACCCACAAGCUGGCCAAAAUGUCAAUAUCUGGAUAAGGACAAUGCUUGAAAAUAGGAAAGAUAUUGAAGCCCCCAAAUAUCUUAACUUCAUGAUAGGUAGUGGUGAUGUUUGUCAGGCACUUGAGAUCUGUGUUCCUUUGAUGAAGCUAGAAGAAACUAUUUUGAUCCUUGCUGAUGUGAGAUUUUGUUCCCCAAAUGAAGAAUGCCAGCCACCAGGAUCUCGACUUCUUCUUGAAGUGCAACUCCUGUCAAUCAGUGGCACUCGUAUAAAGGAUCGAACAGAGGAAGAGCAGUUGGAAUUAAUCAAUAGAGAGAGGGAAAAGGGCAAUAACCAUUUCCAAAAGAAGGACUAUCAACUGGCACUCUUUACCUAUACUUGUGCGUUGAAGAUUAUAGAGUCAAGUUCCGAAGGUGAGAUAAGACGUGAACAAAAGGAUAUGCUACUUGAUGAGAAAGUGAAAUGUUAUAGCAAUAUGGCAGCUUGUCAUUUAAAGACAGGAAACUUAAAGGAGACAAUCUCUUGCUGUGAUAUUGUCCUGCAGCAUCGGCCUCAUCACUGCAAGGCAUUAUUCAGGAAGGGGAAGGUGUUAGCAAUGCAGCAAAUAUAUCCCCUUUCUAUUGUCUUCCUAAAGAAAGCCUUAGCUGUUCAGCCAGAGCACCCGGAAAUUAAAGAUGAAAUUAAAACUAUUAUUACCACAUGGAAAAAGCAGAGAAUAUCUGGUAUUACUGAGAAAUUUGGACGUGGCAGCUCAAAACGACCAGUCAACAGGCAGAGAUCAUUUCAGAAUAUAAAUUGGAAGUGGACAAUAGGAAUUUCUGCUGUUGCACUGAGUAGUAUAAUUCUAUAUAAAUGGAGAUGAAUCGUACUGAGAAUGCAGACCACGUUUCAGAUUAAAAUAAGAAUUUGCUUCAGAUAUUGCUGGAGUUGAGAUACCUACAAACA